CCUGUUUGCAGCUCUUUUGAAAACACGCAAGUCACCGGAAUGUCAGAGCAAGAACAGGAAAAGAUCAUCAAGACGCUAGAGGAGGAAGACGAGUUUGAGGAUUUUCCUGAGGAUGCCCAGUGGACCAGCGAGCCCAAUUCACAGCUCAACUCGGCGAAUCUUUGGGAAGAGGACUGGGAUGACGAUGAUGACAAUGACGAGUUCACCGAGAAGUUGCGCGAGGAGUUGAAAAAGGCUCAGAAGUGAGGCUGUUUAAAGGAGCAAAGGCCUUGACAGAGAAGAGAGUUGAAUUUAGGAAAAACCAAAUAUACGACCUUGAGGACCGACGAGAAUGUAGGAAGGGGAGCGGGUGUCCAUGGUCUUAGGAAAAGCUCUGCGUUUGCCCGCAACACGCUUGUAAUCUAAUGCCCGAAAUGAGCUCACAAGGAUACCUGUAAUUGCUUAUCAUGUGGCAUUUAUUCUGGACGAGCUUGGGCCAAACUUAUUUAUGCGAGACAGACGGCGGCGAGGUGUUACGGAGGUUCGUUCGACACUAUCUACAUAAGUACCAAAGCUUGUAUACGGUAGCCUGAUAUACGCUG